ACUAUGUCGCGAGGGAAGGAAGCCGUUCCGGUUUACGGCAGUGUCUAUCAUGGCCACCUCGGCGGCAUCGUCGUCCUCGUCCUCGGCGGCGGGCGGUUUCGGCGGAGUGUCCGAGCUGACUCCACCGCGGAAAGUGCUUUUCACCUCGCCCAAAGGGGCCGGAGAGCUGCUGGAAGAUGCAACGGAGAGGUUCCUGUGUGAAGCGGUUUUCAGCUAUCAGGUGGCUCACACAUUGAGGCAGGUCAAACGAGAGCAACAGUGUUCCCGAAUGGAAAAACUAGCCAGUUUGGUCGAGGAAUUAGAGGCGGAUGAAUGGCGCUACAAACCAAUCGAACAACUGCUGGGUUUCACUCCUUCUUCUGGAUGAGAUGACAGACUGGAUUUCUUUCACCAAUUCAAAAGCCUUUACGCUCUUUGCCAAAUUGUAACUGGGAGAUUAAACACAAUUAUUUUUCUUUGUAAAAAUGUGUGCUAGUGAGUGUUUAAAUACUGUUUUAAAUGUACAUAACAGACAUGGGCAUUAUAUUGGUGUCAUUUAAGACUUUUUAAAAUGAUGUAUAGAUCUGUGAGCUGAACUGUUAAUAAAUUGACAUUUUAUAAA